GAAUGUUUUCCGCAAAUUAAAUUCACGUUAUUUUUCUGUAAGCCAAAUCUCUCAGUUCCCCCUUUAGCUGAAUAGAAACAAUGUACGAUUGCUCGGAUGACAUUGUUGAACAAUUCGUUAGCAACUUGUACCGAGCAAAAGAUGUUUGCGAAAAUCACUGUUUGUCCUUCGCCUCCAUUUGGUACAGGCAGCCGAAAUGAUUCAAGGAUGUCGACCAGCACUACGCAACCGUAAAUACGUCACGUAUUUUACUGGUCAUUAUACAUUAGAUGAUGGCACUUUCCCUCCAAUGGGACACUUUGAGAAGUUACAACAUCAAUACGCGAUAUUGUUAUUUGAAAAACGAGAAUUUGCGAAUGCCAGAGUAGUACUAUCGAAAUAUGACACAACACAUCCGACAAUAAACUUUCUCAAACUGUAUGCUACUUACAUGACAGGUGAAAAGAUCAAGCUGAAAUCCACGCAAGACAUAUUAGGUGUAGAAGAGGAUGACAAAGCUGAAAACCCCUAUCUUAAAUCAUUAGAGGAGGAAUUAUCAAAUCAAUAUCAGACGAACAGUUUAGAUGCUUUUGGUUUAUACCUUUAUGGAGUCGUAUUAAAGCGUCUCAAUUAUCACUACAAAGCCAUUCAUGUAUUACUGAAAUCGGUACGCGCCUUUCCUUAUCAAAGAUCAGCUUGGUUAGAGUUAGGCAGUCUAGUUAAAAGUAGAGAGAUGUUUCUUGAACUGAAGAAACGGUUGGAUCAAGAUUUCGUGGCACCGUCUGCGAAAGGUCAUACGAGCAAAAGAUAUACGCUGAAUGAAAGCGCGUACAUCAUGAAGAAUAUAUUUUUGGCAGAGAUGUGUACACAUAUUCAAUGCGAUGAUGACAACGGCAAACCACUGUUCGUAGAAAUUAUUCAACCUUUGACACGUUAUUUUCCAAACUCUGCAUUCCUUUUAGCAUUAUGGGGCAAAUACUUUUACAACGAAAGCCGUCUUGAUGAAGCACGCGUUGUCUUUCAAGAACUUCGAAUUCGUCACCCUUCACGGCUGGAGAAUAUGGACAUUUUUUCCAAUGUCCUUUAUUCUUUAGGUGAAAAGGAAACAUUAUGCCAGCUUGAUAUUGAUUGCAGCAGUAUCGACGCCUUCCAUCCGAUAUCAUUUGUCGUGAAAGGCAACUAUUGCAGCAUAAAGAAACAAGCGCAUGAUGCUAUUGCUUGGUUCAAAAUGGCUCUUCGAUUACAACGCGAUUACGCUGUGGCAUGGAUAUUGUUGGGUCACACGUACCUUGACUACAAGGUGAGAUCAGGAGCUGUGGAGUGUUAUCGACGAGCAAUUACUAUUAAGCCCUAUGACCGACGGCCAUGGCACAGUCUGGGUGAAGCAUAUUAUCAAAUUAUGGGUCACACUGAUUACAUUGAAGCGAUUCAUUGCUUUUUGAAAGCAAUUGACUUGUGUCCUAAAGAACCGCGAACUUGGAGAGCUUUGAAUGCAUGUUAUCGUUUGGCAAUGGAAGUUGACGACGAGUUGCAUGAUGAUUUUCUGUUGGAUUAUACUCUAGAUAAUGAAGAUACCGGUGACAGUCGCAAGAGGAAUGCAAACCUAGCGCAGACAUGUUAUGAAAAGGGAAGAGAAUGCGAUAAGCAAAGAGAUGCGGCUAAUUAUGAAAGAUUAAUACCCAUAUGGUUGGCUCAGUUAUUAUGGGAUAUUGGCAAUGAAAGCCGAGCAAUAGAAUUCUUCUCCGACAUUUAUGUGGAACUGGCUACUAUCACCGCGAAUUCAGAUGGUUACGUGCCGGAGAAGUUGGGAUACGUGGCCAUGUUUCUAGCCAGGAAUGCUGUUGAAGAAGAGAACUACGAACGAGCAAAAUAUUUUGCUAAGAGUGCGUUAAAAGCAAAACAUCCAUACGACGAACAGGCUAGAACUUUACUCAAUGAAGUUGAGCAUUUAUUGACAACAUUUUCCCAAUCCUCAUGAUACCUCUCAUCUUUAACGUAUUUAUUCACAACAAUCAUCCACUCAAAGCCCAAUAUAUUCUAUAUCCAUCUUCUAAACCCCUUUCGUCAAACAAAGAUUCUGUCUCCCAAGUUGUUGGGUUAUACACUGACUUUUGCUGUUUUGUGUAGGCAUGCUAGACCUUUGAGCUCAUUUUUUGAAUAGCCGCUGUACCAGCAACAACAAAAAAGCAACUUUAUUUUUGCGGGGUUUUCUGGAGAAGAGCGUCUCAUUUAUGAAUACAGUGUUUUAACUACUAUUUCAG